AUGAAUUUGGAAGAUAAUGAUGAAGAAGAAAUCACUGACUUCAGGUUCAAAAUGCUCAACCACAUGCCAAUGAAGAACCAGACAUUGAAAGAGAUAUGUACAGAGUGGGGGAUACCAGAGGUUUCCUAUCAAUGGGACAUUAUAGAUUUAGAGGAGAAACGAUUGGUUCGAGUUAGGUACUCAUACAAUCUUGGAUCUGAUGUGCAUAAAUAUCUGCGUGCAAAAGCUGAAAUACCUAACCGCUCUGACAUGUACAUCAUAGAGGCUGGGAAAACAAAAGGAAAGUGGAUGGACCACAAUAAGAAAGCUAUUGGUGAAACAAAAGUCACGAAAUUCCUAAUAGAAAGAGAAAUAGUCUUGAAGCAACAUGGCAUCAACGAUAAUCUCUAUUUGCCUCCAGUAGAAAUAGAAACUGUCUUCCCUAGCAUUUGGCUGUCUGAAGAACUAAUGAAGUGGGAAAAAGAUCUUCUCGCAACACAAAAUGAUCAAUAUACUGAGAUCCUGUGUGUCCUCAGUUGCUGUGUGAGCUCAUGGGCGGAGUGCAGCGACUCUGGCGCGGCGGGAGUGCCGGGGGGCGGGGUUCGGGGCCCGCGGGGGGGCUGCUCGGGCGAGUGGUGCUCCUUCUGGGCGAGCUACAACAGCUCGGUGUCGGGCGUCGGUCGCUACUACGAUCAGUGCCCCACGCCCUACAGGACCGACACACUCGAUCUCGCUGACUUCGAAUUCACAGACGGUACAAGAAAGCGUUCGCCGGACAACGUGGAAGUGAUCAACAACAUCAUUCGUCACCAGGGACUGACGCUGACGGCGCGCGAGACGCAGAGCAUCAUCAAGUGCGCUCACCUGCUCGGCAAUGUACUCGCCACCGCCAUCGACCGCCGCUCCGAGCCUCGCGUCGACCAGCCCGCCCAGCCUGAGCAACCCGCUCGAAGCAACAUGACCCUCGACCUCAAAGAGACCACCAUACCUCUGGAAGUGAAGGAAGAGAAGACUUGCGAGACCGCCACCACGCAGACCGACAUCUCGUUGCCCAACACCCGCAGUGCACCCAGGAUCUUCGAGAACAUUUUGCGGCAACUGUCGCGGAGCUCCAUCGAUGUCGACAAGAUUGAGAGUAAAGAUAAGACUCAGGUGAAACCUGAUGGGAAGGGCGACGCGGCUGAGGCGAAGGAGCCGCGGGGUGACGUUAUUGAAGCGAAGGGUGACGCGGGUGAAGCACAAAUUGACGGUGACGCGCAAGCUAACGUCACCAGUGAAGCUAAGAAUGACAACAGUAGUCAAGUAAGCGAUGUGAAGAAGGAAGAAUAGGAUCUAAGGUGGAAACUAGCAGAUCAUAGACAAAAUCUACCCGAUUUAAAUUGAAAAUAUUUUAUUGCCGAAAACAUCUUAAUAUGUAGUCAUAAUG